AUGGCACCCACCCAACCCUGGAAGUCCGUCUGGCCCCCGGCCGAGAAGGUUGCCGACCAAGCCGAUGUCAUCCCCGAGGGCAUCUCCGCUGAGGAGGUCACCAACCAGCGUGCAUAUGGCAGCCACGCUUCGAACACCAAGGGCCGCAUUGUGCACCUCAAGAACUGUGAGUCAUCAUUCGAGAUAUGGUGGACUGGACAAAACUGA